AUGCGAUUUGGCUUCAUUGAUAAAGGAAUGGGCAUUCCAAAAGGGGUGGUAUUCGUUGAUUCGGUUUUAGCAAUUCGGGAGAUUGAAGACAUAUUUCUUAAAGAAGUGUUUGAAGCCACUAAGGAACUCGCUUCGCAAAGAGCUUUCCAAGAAGUUGCAGCCUACGAAGAUAUAACUGCUGAAGAUAACCAGGAUAGUACCCCUGGAACGAGCUCAGAAUUUAAAGAAGCUCCACCUUCUGAAUCUUCACCGACUACAGUAAAAAGGCGGCGAAUAGCCACUUCCAGGAAUAUGAAACCGUAAGU